AUGGUGCUGUUACCGCCUUUGAAAUGGCGUAGUCCCGCGCCAACCAACGAAGACUCAGUCUCCAACGAGGGUACCAACAGCGAUCGAUCUGUCACAAAGGUGAUACGAAAGAGGGCUAAGCAUACUCGCACUCGCCUCGGCUGUGGGAUUUGUCGAUUUCGACAUGUGAGAUGUGGCAUGGAACGUCCUUCUUGCAUUCGAUGUAGCUCUACGGGGAGAGUCUGCGACUACAUUACGGACGCGAGCAAUGAAAGACGCAAUUCGCUCACAGCAAACUACGCAUACGUAGCAAUUACCCCCCGGCCCAACCCUAAUGAUGCCAUCUAUCACCUGAACCCGCAAACCGGCCGGUCAAUCAAUUUCUACCAAGGUCAUUCGGCUCCAGAGUUUGCUGGGUACUUUGACGUAGAGUUCUGGAGCACCACGAUACUGCAACUCAGCUAUCGAGAGCCGUGUGUGCACCAAAUGCUUGUCGCUAUCGGUUCCCUCCAUGAGUACCUAAAAAGUGGCUCGGUCGUACAUUCCAAUACCAGUGGCGUCAAUUUAUGCAAGCACGCCGAGGCUGAUUACACAAAAGCAGUCGGUCUUCUCAACACGCACAUGAACCAUAAAGGAUGGUCAGCUCUCGAGGUAACACUUGUAUGCUCUAUCCUAUGUAUCAUGUUCGAGUGGCUACGGGGUGGUUACCAGGAUGCUGUUCGACAUCUCACAAGCAGCUUCAAAAUCCUCGCAACGUGGAUAUCCCACAAGGAACCGUCAUCUGAUAGCACUUCAUUCGGGUCGCCAGGUGGCCACCUGAUACGAAGUCAGAUCAAGCCAAUCUUCCAUAUUUUGGUCCUGCAAUCUAGAAUGUUGCCGGUACCACCCAGCGUGCCACCCAAGCUCGAUCUGUUGACCUAUGUUCUCGUAGCGUCACCCAGAAGCGCAAGGAAUAAGGGGGAAACGUAUCAGGCCGUCGCCGAGCCCCUAUCCCAUUGGUCCGACAACUUUGCACUUUUCGUUUCUCAGCAACCUCAUCUGGCCUCCGACCCCCGCGUUAAGAUACUCAAAGUAUGGCGAACUAUUACAGAGUUGAUUUCUCUAUCUUCUUUUUCCUCAGAAGAGCGCUCUUCGCAUGGACUGGCCAUACAACUCUCUGCUUUUUUGGAUGAAUUUGAAGAUGGGAAAAUAUCUUUGGACAUAGGAGUGGUGGCGCUCUUCUACUACACCGCUGCUUACUGUCGUCACGCUGACACGCACCGACGAGCAAUGUCUUUGUUGAAGUCGGUAGGUGGGCCUUGGGGAAGUCAGGUCGCUAAUAGAGCUCAACAAGAAUACGCCAGGAUAGAGGGAAAUAAUUCAGGGCCUAGCGUUUAUCAAGCAAGUCUAUCCACUAAAUGA